UAGCUGGGCUCUAGACAAACCAACAGGACUGCACUCGCCCAAACAGCACGUUAAAAGCGCCGCGGGAAGCCCUAGUUUCCAAACGAACAUUUACAGGAAAACUUCGCCCCAAACAGGGGCUCACUUCUGGCGAAGGAAGACGACUACCGCCAUCUCUGGGCCGGGCGGCCCUCCCUGCGCGCACACGGUGCGGCUCCCACGGCCAUGUUUGUGCGGGGCCGCGCUUCCUCUGGUGCUGCCACGGCCUGGAUUCCGCAGUGGCUCCGCUACGGAUGGAGCAGCCGGCGAGCUCCCAGCUUGGGCUGUGGCUGCUGUUGCUACUCCUGUCACCAGGGCCCGGCCGCCAGAAGGAGUCAGGUUCAAGAUGGAAAGUAUUCAUUGACCAAAUUAACAGGUCUUUGGAAAAUUAUGAACCAUGUUCAAGUAAAAACUGCAGCUGCUACCAUGGUGUCAUGGAAGAGGAUCUGACUCCUUUCCGAGGAGGUAUCUCAAGGAAGAUGAUGGCGGAGGUAGUCAGACGGAAGCUAGGAACUCAUUAUCAGAUUAUUAAGAACAGAUUAUACCGAGAAAAUGACUGCAUGUUUCCCUCAAGGUGUAGUGGUGUGGAACACUUUAUUUUGGAGGUUAUUGGACGCCUCCCUGACAUGGAAAUGGUGAUCAACGUACGAGAUUAUCCGCAGGUUCCUAAAUGGAUGGAGCCUGCCAUUCCAGUCUUCUCCUUUAGCAAGACAUUAGAGUACCAUGAUAUCAUGUAUCCUGCUUGGACAUUUUGGGAAGGGGGACCUGCUGUUUGGCCAAUUUAUCCUGCGGGUCUUGGACGGUGGGACCUCUUCAGAGAAGAUCUGAUAAGGUCAGCAGCACAGUGGCCAUGGAAAAAGAAAAAUUCCACAGCGUAUUUCCGAGGAUCAAGGACAAGUCCUGAACGAGAUCCUCUCAUUCUCCUAUCUCGGAAAAAUCCAAAACUUGUUGAUGCAGAGUACACCAAAAACCAGGCCUGGAAGUCUAUGAAAGAUACCUUGGGAAAGCCAGCUGCUAAAGAUGUCCAUCUUGCGGAGCACUGUAAAUACAAGUAUCUGUUUAAUUUUCGAGGUGUAGCUGCUAGUUUCCGGUUCAAACACCUCUUCCUGUGUGGUUCACUUGUUUUCCAUGUUGGUGAUGAAUGGCUGGAAUUCUUCUAUCCGCAACUGAAGCCAUGGGUUCAUUAUAUUCCAGUCAAAACAGAUCUCUCCAAUGUCCAGGAGCUGUUGCAAUUUGUGAAAGCAAAUGAUGACAUAGCUCAAGAAAUCGCUGAAAGGGGAAGCCAGUUUAUUGUGAACCACUUGAGGAUGGAUGACAUCACCUGUUACUGGGAGAACCUGUUGACUGAAUACUCCAAAUUCCUGUCCUAUAAUGUCACAAGAAGAAAAGACUAUGAUCAGAUUAUUCCCAAAAUUUUGAAAACCGAACUCUAAUAGUCAUCAUCGGAAUAAAGUCCUCUCUUUGGCGGCAGAUCUGAGAUAUACUGUGGUGGGAAGCUUACCUUGAGUGUGGCCCAUCUGUGCCUUGAAUACUGUUAUCAAGCCAGAUAUCUUGUUAUCUGUAUCAUGCUUUACCCAGAGCAAGUCUUGAGAAAGAUCCAAAAUGUGUAUAAUACAGAUAUGAAGCAGCUCAACGCUUUGGCUGAAUAAGGACCAGAAAUUAUGAGAUACAGGUUUUGAACCUGAUUCUACCUUUCGUUUUCUUAGGACCAAUCACAGCUUGUGCCUCAGAUCAUCCACUUUAGGUAUGUCCAUCAUCGAAACUGACUAUGUCCAUGGGGUGAUGUCCUUUGUCCCAUUGUUUGGGGCAGAAAUCCAGUCAUUUGGAACCAGUGCAACUCAUCACUGCAAUUCUGCAGUUAUUCUAGGCUUGAUCUUUAAUGCUGUAUUUUAAUGUAAAGUUGUAAAAAUGACUUGGGGAUUAUUUCCUGAAAGGUCUGAGGAAGCAGUAAUUGUGCCAUGCAAUGAUGUAGGAGUUCUCUUUUUUAAAAGCAUAAACUCUUUGGUACUCAGGAGGUUUCUAUGAUGCCACACAGAAAGGGACUAGUUGCAUGAGUAAAUGCAGUUGGAUCUCAAAUUCCUUUCUGUGCCUUCACACUCUUCUUUUUAAGGUUUCUUAAAAAAAACACCUUAAUAAAUUUAGGAAGUAGCUCUCACUCUUUGAGAACUGUGCAUAAAACAGCAAUUCUUCAUUCUUUGCACACCCUUAAUAUUUUUUUCUCCUUCAAUUGGCUGCAGUCCACUCUUUCACUGUCUUGCAGGGACUGGCUUUUCCCUUUUUGAAAAAGACAUUUGGAUAGUAGUUUAAUUUCUCGGGAUGUUCUUGCUAACAUGAUCAAAAAUCAAAAAUUGUUAGAUUAAGUCUCGUAUAAUCUGAUAUUUAGAAGCAUCCUUGUCCUCUAAAUCCAAGCUUUCUACAGGGAAAUCAUUUCUUUCCCUUUGACUCCUAAGAACAGGUUGGUAUGACUUGGUUUCAAAAUUAGUAAAUGUGGGAUUCAGUCAUUUAAAUUCAUGAUUUUAUUCCAUUUGUGGGAAAUGGCCUUUUUAAACCCCCUUCCACAAAAAUUUAAGCCUAAGGAACUUCUUAGAGGAGUUAAAUAUCCCUGGUGAGAUCAUUGCAUGGA